GGUGGGGAGGGGGGGUGUUUAGGAUUGUUUCUGAUGUUGGGAGCAAAAAUCUAAAGAAACUGGUGGGAAGUGAUGCGAGAAUCGAGAAAGAUCAUACUGAUGAAUGAUUUGGCCCUUUGUAGGAACAAUGGUGAAUUAGCUCUAAGACAACCUCCGACAGAAGGAUGAUAUUUUCUGCUACCAAUAUUGCAUUGAGUUUUACUCUUUAUCUGUCUCUUUGGUUGCAGGAACCAAGUAAAAAGGUGUAUUUUUUAAAGCAAACAGUUGGGAACGCUUGUGGAACCAUUGGUAUUCUUCAUGCUCUAGGAAAUGCAACAUCUGAAAUUAAUCUAGUGGAGUGCUCGUACUUUGAUAGGUUCUACAAAGCAACAGCUAACAUGGAUUCGUAUGAGCGUGCUGCUUUUCUUGAAAAAUACGGGGAAAUGGAGGAUGCUCAUUCUGUAGCAGCUACUUCCGGGGAUACGGAGGUGAUACUUAUUUGGUUAAUGAGUAGCAUACUGUCAAUUUGUGAUACUAAGAGUGAAAGAUCCUAUUCAGCAAUUAAUAAAUGUCAAUCAAACUUUUUGACAGUUCGUUUUCAAGUUUUACAACCUAUUUUACGAUGCUAAUGUGGUAAACAGUUCCAGUCGGUUUUUAUUGUAUUUUACAUGUUUCAUGUU